UCUCUCUCUCUUUAUUUUUUUGUAUUUAUUUAUUAGUUAUACACAUAUAUGUUAGUUUCUGUUUAUGAGAACAAUUAAAAUUAUGAUUAAAACUGAGUUAAGAUGGAAGAUUUCUUGUGUUUCGUUGUUCUCUAAUUCCAGGAUGUUAUAGUUCAUUUUAAAGCUUUUAAAGAUGUGAAUAAGUCAAUUAUAAAAACUAUAGUUAAAUUACUAACAUAAUCCUUUCAUAUAUAUACACAUACAUGUAUUUAUGUAUAACUAUAAGUUUAUAACCCUCAAAAGACGGUGCCAUUUGCCAUUGUAUUGAUAGUCUUCAUGCUCUUCAACGUUUUGUUUUUCUUAAUUCUAGUUUUCUGUAUAUAUGCAUGGAGUCCGGCUUAGUAUUAAAACAAAAACAUUAAAAUUAUGAUUCUUGAGGAUUGGGAUAAAUGUUGAAUUUCUGAUAAAUUACUAACGUAAUCCUUUCAUAUAUAUAAUAUAUAUAUACACAUGUAUUUAUGUAUAAUUAUAAGACUAUAAUCAAUACAAUGGCAAAUGUCACCUUCUUUAAAAUUAUGAUUCUUGAGGAUUGGGAUAAAUGUUGAAUUUCUGAAAAGCUAGAGAGAAAUAAUAGCUCUUAGAUACAACCAACCUAAAAUAAAAAUCUGAUUCAUAAAUUUAUGGAAUGAUACAUAAACAUAUUCAAAUGAAAACAAUAUCAAUAAAAGGUGGAAAUGGUACGUUGGCUUAUGCAAAGAGAAAUGCUUAUUGUCAGACUCUCCAUACUUGUGCAAUUUGUUUCAAUUAUGUUAUUUCUAAUGUGAUGUUGUGGUAGUGUGACGUCCCAUACCCCAGGGGAGACGUUGCUGGCACUUAUAAGGGGAUGCCUCCUACAUGUGUAAACAUGUUUCAAAUUGAAACCGUGAGCACAUAGAGUGCAAACCGGACAGUAUCUACAUAGUGUGGGCGGUACAUAAGAGUGCAAUGAACACUUAGAACAAGGCAACUUAUGUAAAACACAAGAGUUAGAGAGCAACGAGUUUAUAUCAGCCAUGGCAGCAGGCAUGAGUGCAAAACUAAUCGUGGAAGUCACAUCCGAGGUGUCCUUAUCAACAAUAGCCUUAGCAGCAGCAGCUCGACAAACUGGUGGCAAGCUUGUAUGUAUUCUUCCAGAGCCAACACAGGACGAAGUGCAGAAAGUAAUUGAAGAUUCAGGUUUGGAUGACAUAGUAGAAUUUAAAACUGGAGACCCUGUUGAGCUUUUGCCAAAUUACGAAAACAUUGAUUUCUGUCUUGUCAAUUGCAAAACUGACAAUUAUAUGAGAUUGCUAAAGUUGCUGGAUGUUAAUCCUAGAAGAUCAGUGGUGGUGGCAAAUAACUUGUUGGAAGGGAGAAAAGGGUUGGGUGGCCAUGUCAAAGGAAUGGAAAACAAGGUUAAAGUAAGAUCUAUGAAGCAUCCUAUAGGGAGAGGCAUGGAGAUCACUAUGAUUGGGAAGGGCACUGAGACUGGAGUAGGAGAUCGCAGCAGAAGAUGUGUUCAUAGAACAGAUAGAAAAGGUGGUUUUGUGAAGAGGACUGAUAAAAGCAAAUGGAUUGUCAAAGUUGAUGAGAAGAGUGGUGAGGAACAUAUUUUCAGGUUGCCUAAAACUUUUUAGGCUUGUUUCUGAACAGAGUUAAUCUUGCACUCUCAGAAUUUGGUGUUUGCAAAUGAAAGAAGGGGUUUCCACAUUCAAUCGUGGGCAGCAGUUAAAGUGCUCCACAUGACACUUAUGAUACCGCUGCAACACAGAGGCUGAGUAUGUGGUUGCGUUCCUUUUCCCUCAAGGACCAAUUUUAUGGUGAUGGUGGGCACUCUAAGCCGAUCAUGGGACAAACUGCGAGGGUCAUCAGAGGAAGUUGCUGUAUCCAAGAUUGCAUGUUUUGCAAAGUAUCCUUGCCCAAGAUUGCAUGUGUUGCAAAGUAUCCUUGCCCAAGAUUAUCUCUGUUGCACCCAACCAGAUUUUAAGCACAGCUGUACGAGUUUUGUGACUGAACAUACGCCAGAUUAAGAUACUUUCAAAUGUCACUAAACUUCAUAUUGUUUUCUGGUGGUUAAAGGCUUUUCCAAUCACGAAUACACUUUUGUGAUGUUCUUUGAUUUAUUUAUAGUUGUAGAAAUGAAAAAUAAAAAGUAGUUGUUUGACACUCUGGUGUUCUUUGAUCUGUCUCUGUCU